AGGAAUGCCUCUGGUUUCGAGUGUUCUAUGACCGGCCCAUCACCCAUACCUUCAGCUGUCGAACCCUCAGCUGUUUCCUGGCACCCCAGACAAUUGGUUAUAGCUCGCCUCCAACGCGUAAACUCCUUCUUCGGUGAUACUGGUCCUUCGCUCCCUCGAGAAGUCUGGGAUUUCCUGCCGAAAGUCGUCCCCGACUUUUGCAAGCUGAUAAGCGACACGAGGCCUCAUGUGUUCAGGAUGAAGCCAAUACCCUCAUUCGGUACAGAGGACGGCGUAUAUCUCUACCGCAAGCGCAGAACUGAGUGGGGGAAUAGAUAUUUCGAGGUCAAGUUUCUCAGUUCUCCGAGGCGUCAAGAAGCUGUCACGCGUGAGAUGUUCGCAUUUGUUCGAGCUCUCGGAGAAUCUCUCGGUAAUGGUGCUUCGCGACAACAACAGCACGGCGUGGGAGGAGGUUCAACAACCGAGGAAGCAGAGGGGGGCGAAGGUGAUGAAGGAGAGGUUUCGGAUGAAGGCAGCUAUCUAAGCGAAAGCGAGGACUUCGACGACAGUUGGGAUAGUUCCGACUCAGAAUACUCGUGGGGGCGUUCCACUGAGUCUCGUGAGCGCCAUCCUGAGUUCAUAGAGACCAUAUGUUGCUGUGAAGGGUCUUAUAACCUUGGUAUUGUCGUGGGCCGUAAUGACUUUUAUUUUACUGUAGAUGAGGAUAAGUGUCACUUGCAUUACAGGAAGCUGUCUGGUGGUGUGUUUGUUGACAGAAGUCUAGAGUUACCUGAAACGAUAGAGGAGCUAUCUUACGCUGAUGGCCACAUAUUCGUCGUGGGAAAAUCACGACGUCUGUAUAUGCUAAAGAGUGAUAGAUCUGGUUGGAGACCUUCACUGACUCUGCCUGGCUCGUGGUGUCCGUUUAAUUCGUACAGAUUCCAAGAUGCUGUGGUCGUCGGAGAUCAAAUUACGAAGGUGCUGUAUGUUCAUCAGGGCGGAUCCAUUAGAGAUGGAACGGAUCUCUGUGUGUGGGAGGAGAAUGAAGGCAUCCGCCGUAUCAAGGGAUUGGAAGUUUGCGCCGUUCGAUUUUUACCUUACACUGACCAGCAGGUGGUUGCUGGUAUCUUCCAACGUGAUAGGAUGAAGCCACCGAGUCACAUUGAGACCUUUGGUGUGAUGGACGUGGCCACUGGAGCCUUCCUCGCUGAAGCGAACUCGGACCGUGACGAUUUUCUCUUCAACUACCCCGGUGGCAAAGUCAUGUCUCUGAGUAUCGAUCGUGGUAGCUGGAAAGCGGUUAUGAUCGGUUAUGACCAGAAGUGUGGCUAUGAAACGGUAGAUUUCCCGAGUCGGUACGUAUGGGAGGUUGGGUAUGGUACUCCGGCCCGUGAGGCUGACUCCCAAUAA